CAGAACUUGCCGCGUGACAUUCCCCCCAACCGGCGCACAGACGAAUCUCUUCUGUACUUUCUUUUGAUAUCACUUCGCCUUUCACAUCCAGCACAAUGGCCGACCAGGUGCAAGAGAUCCUCGAGGUGCCGCGCGAGUUUUUGAAGGACGGCAUCCAGUUCAUCAACCGGGCGCAGAAGCCCGACCGCCGCGAAUUCAUCAAGAUCUCCCAGGCCGUGGGCGUUGGUUUCCUGGUCAUGGGCGCAGUCGGAUACUUCGUCAAGCUCAUCCACGUCCCCCUGAACAACAUCCUUGUCGGUGGCGCAUAACCUCUCUAUAACAAAUUCAAUUUGGAGUGUUGGACAGGGCAGUUGGCAGUUCACACAGAGUAGCCGUGACAAAAGGACCAAGGGAGACGAGUACGAACAAAAGAAAGCGGAGCGAUGAUUAACAGUCACCACCUGU